AAAUCUUAUUGUGAAAGUUGUAACUGAAGAAUCGACAGAAUCAGUAAAAUACGACAGAAUCAGUAAAAUAAUGUUGAAAAUAACGAUUAUUGCUAUUUUAGCUUUAGCGAGUGCAGCGACAGAUGAAGAUUCAAAAGAUCGGCUACUACUUAUAAUUUUAGAAGCAAAAAAUCGGGCAUUUGAUCAAGUACAAACAAUUAAAAUGUUAGCAGCCACUAACGUUGAUAAAUUUACUGUACGUGUGACUGAAAUGGUGGAAAAAUCUCGGUCUGAUAUGGAAAUAUUGCAAAAAGAACUUAUUAAUACAAAUGAUGUCUGCGACAAAGCAAAGAACAACAUUGAUGAUGCUGCUUUAAAAACCAUUGCACAUUUUCAAUUCUGUGUGGAAAAAAUAACCGACGCUGUGGAUUCAGACAUGAAUUCUUUAGCCUUUGAAGGUAGUCUCCUGACAAAGGAAAUUCAAAACACUAAGACUAUCAAUGAUGAUGUCUUACAACAUAAAGUUACCGACUUCGACACAAAAUCUUUCCAAUUUGCUAAUUAUGUGCAAAAAUUGGAAAAAUGCGAAACUCAGUCGAAUCUACUACGAUUAAAACGACAAAUCUCCGAAACUUUGACCAGCUACAAACAAUGCCUUCAGGAUAAAUAAAAAAUUUACAUUAAAUCGAUACAAAUCAGAUUGUACAAAUAAAAAAGAAUAAUAUAACUCAGA